AAUUUGAUUUGGGGUGGUUGCGGAUUUGUUGGCUGUGAUUGAAAGUUUGAAGCUUUUGGGGGGUGGUGAAGGAGAUGGAGACACGUGUGUAGGUUGUGUUUGUUCUGGUGGAAGAGGGUGGAGGAUUGGUGGUGGAUUGAAAAGGGGUUAUGAUUGAAUGUGAAUUUGAAGAAUCAUUGAUUGUUGUGUUGUGGGUAGGUGCUAUUUUGGUGUUUUUGGGUGAUGGGGAUGAAGAAUGAUGGUCAGAAACAACAGGUUCUUCAUCAGGGUGUUGUUGGUGGUGGUGGCGGAAGAACCAAUGGCUUCAUUCCUAGCUCUUUUCGUGCUAUCUCCAGCUACCUGAGGAUUGUUUCAAACGGUGCUUCCACCGUUGCACGGUCCGCCGCGUCGGUUGCUUCAUCGAUUGUGGAUAGGGAUGAUGAUGCGGAUCAUGAUCAGGUCAUCUGGGCUGGGUUUGAUACGUUAGAGGGUGAGGGACAAGUCAGUCAGAAAGUACUUCUUCUUGGCUAUCGGUCAGGCUUCCAGGUCUGGCUUGUUGACGAAUCAAAUAAUGUACGUGACCUAGUUUCCAGACACGAUGGUCCUGUUUCGUUUAUGCAAAUGGUACCAAAUCCAAUUGCAUCAAAGAGAUCAGAAGACAAGUUUGCAAACAGCCGCCCGCUGUUGGUUGUUUGUGCUGAUGGGUUCUUUGCAGGAGGCAGCAAUGUUAAGGAUGGGUUGACCGCCCCUUCCAAUGGGAGCGCUUCAAACUCGCAUGAUCAAAUGAGUGGCAACUAUCUGCCAACUACUGUGCAGUUUUAUUCUAUGAAAUCCCACUCAUAUGUUAAUGUAAUGAAGUUUAGAUCAGUUGUCUAUUCUGUAAGAUGUAGUUCUCGAAUAGUCGCUGUUUCUCAAUCCACCCAGAUACACUGUUUCAAUUCUAUCACGUUAGAAAGGGAAUAUACUUUACUUACAAAUCCUAUAGUCAUGAGUGUUCCUGGCUCUGGAGGCGUCGGCUAUGGACCACUUGCAGUUGGUCCGAGAUGGUUGGCUUAUAGUGGUUGCCCGGUUGUAGUCUCCGCUUCUGGGCAUGUCAGUCCGCAGCAUUUGAUGCCUUCUGCAAGCUUUCCUGGUUUUUCUUCAAAUGGGAGCUUGAUUGCACACUAUGCCAAAGAGUCGAGCAAGCAUCUUGCUACUGGGAUUGUGACCCUUGGAGAUAUGGGAUAUAAGAAACUUUCCAAAUACUGCUCUGAGAACAAUGGUUCAUUACAAUCUGUAAAUUCAGGCUCGAAGGGCAAUGGAACCAUUAAUGGCCAUUCGGCAGAUGCCGAUAACAUUGGAAUGGUCAUUGUUAAAGAUAUUGUCACCAAAAAUGUUGUUGCCCAAUUCCGGGCCCACAAGAGUCCCAUUUCAGCCUUAUGCUUUGAUCCUAGUGGCACCAUCUUAGUGACUGCUUCGGUUCAGGGUCAUAACAUAAAUGUUUUCAAGAUAAUGCCUGGACGUGAGAAUUCCUCAACAUCUGAUGCUGAUCCUUCUUAUGUUCAUUUGUACAGACUUCAACGCGGCUUUACGAAUGCAGUUAUACAAGAUAUCAGUUUUAGUGAUGACAGCAAGUGGAUUAUGAUUAGUUCCUCGAGGGGCACCAGCCACUUAUUUGCCAUAAAUCCUCAAGGAGGAUAUGUAAAUAUUCAGUCUUACGACGAUAGUUUUACCACAAAAAAUAGCGGAACUGGUGCCGCAACUAAUCAAAUAGUUUGCCGGCCUCAUAGUUCAGCCCUGCAAAGGCCCAAACAGCAGAGCUUGUUUGUGACUGGACCUCCAAUCACACUUUCUGUAGUCAGCAGAAUUAGGAACGGAACUAAUGGCUGGAGAGGCACUGUAAGCGGCGCUGCGGCAGCUGCAACUGGUAGGAAGAGUUCCCUUUCCGGGGCUAUUGCAUCAUCAUUCCGUAACUGUAAAGGAAGUGAAGGGAACUAUUCCAAGUCAAAGUAUCAGUUGUUGGUAUUUUCUCCUAGUGGAUCCAUGAUACAAUAUGCGCUGCGAACAUUAACUGGUCAAGAUUCAACUGUUGCUUCUGGAUUAACCCCUCCUUAUGAAUCCAUGCAACAGGCUGAUACAAGGUUAGUAGUUGAGGCCAUGCAUAAAUGGAAUAUAUGUCAGAGUCACAGUCGGAGAGAGCGAGAAGAUAAUGUUGACAUAUACGGUGAGAAUGGAAUUUCAGACAGCAAAAAAAUAUAUCCGGAGGAAGUGAAGGAGGACAUCAUGAGCCCUAAAAUGAAAAAUGGAGCCAUGAAAGUGAACCCUUGCGAGGAUGCGCAUCAUUUGUAUAUUUCGGAAGCUGAACUGCAAAUGCAUGAAGCUCAGGUUCCACUGUGGGGAAAGCCAGAGAUAUAUUUUCAGUCAAUGUUGAAAGACUCUAACAUAAUGGAUGAAGAAGCUGCUUCUGGAGGAGAAUUUGAGAUUGAAAGGAUUCCAACUUGCAUGAUUGAAGCUAGAUCAAAGGACUUGGUUCCAAUUUUUGACUAUGUUCAGAACCCAAAAUCACAACAAACAAGGACUCAUUCUCUGGAUAGCAAAAUAAGUGAACAACUCUUACAUCAUAGUGAGACUGAAGGAACUGAGUGGGAUAAUCAUGUCAAAAGGACUGAAACGAUGGACUUUGUAAAUAACAACACCCUUAAACCAGAUACUCUGCAUGAGAUUGUAAAUAACAGAAUGGAGCACUUAAACAUGGAGGCUCACCUCAUGCAUGUAAAUAAUGACACAAGGCCUGAAAAUGAAGAACCAUUUUGAAGAAAUUGGAAAUGAACUUGAUUGAAGGCAUGGAAAUAUUCUUUCAUUUCGCACGGAAGCUUAACACUGAUAAUAUAAUGGUUGGGAGAGAGUAGGGGCUUGACUACGAUGCAAAAAUUGUGGAUACUACGUUGGGUUUCUCCUUCUGUUGACAUUGUAUAUAACAGACAGGUGUAUAUCAAUAAAAUUAGUUUUCAAUGUGUAAAUAAUAGAAUCACUUUGCCUCUUUCUUUCUUUCUUUUUAUUUUAUUAAUUAAAUUAAUUUCCCUAUAAUCUCAUGUAUUUUAUUGUUGUUAUGUGGGUGGGAAAAAGUAGUUUGUAGGUUGUCAAAAAAAUGUAAUAAAAAAUAGAUAAAUAUGUACCAAAUCCUUGUAAUGUAAACCUAAUCUUCAUUCAAUAAGUUCAAAUAUGAGUGGAGCAA